UUCUCUCAUCCACAAGGCCUUCAGCUAACAAAUAAUGUUCACAAUCUGCUUCUGAUAGCUCAUCCAUUGGCCGGGUCACCUCUCAAAGGGACCCCGGGAAAACAGCUCAUCGCGUGCAUUAACUUCGACUAUGUUUGCAAGAGGCGGUGGCGCCUGGAAGAGAGCAUCCUCGGCAGCCCAGAGCUCUAUACGCACCCAGAAGGCCCGCCACUUAUCCACGGGUGACAAUGGCGCUGGUUCUGGAAGGACGGCUGCUGGUUCUCCCGGUCCGUCUGCCACAGACGCCAAGCAGAAGAGAGAGUCGGAUAGGCAAUUCCUGAUCUCGGUGCUUGAGUCAUCCGCCACCAGGCGCGACGCUAAGGCAUACCUGCAAACCUUUGGUUCUUCUCCCGGCUCUGGACCAAGAAAGACGCUCGCGUUUACGGCCGUUUUGCAUGAUGGACGCCGCGGUCAAGAUGAUGCGGCGCGGUUUGUUCAGGGCCCGGUGAGGGUCUCCGUCGCUGACACAGCAGAGGUACCGCAUAUUGCCAUUGUGAAGCUCAGGGAUCCACAAGCUUGGGAUGACGCUCUACUCAACGGGGUUUGCAAGACCCUCACCCAGUUGCGUGAUCUGGGUCUGCGCAGCGUCAUCGUUCUCGAUUGCGACCCAGGCUUGAGCAAUGGCCCGCAAUUGCAGCAAAUUAUCGCCGAACAGACAGGCCGUAUCAUCACAGCCAUUGGCCGGUACGGUUCCCCAGGAGCGCAAUCGGUAAGCUCCGCCGUUUGGAAAACCGACGGGACGUCACAAGAGUUGUCCUCGGUUUGCAGUACGACGCUUUUUGUCGGAUUUGGGGAGAGUUUGAGCACGCCGCUCAGACACGGGCAUAUAGUGGUGGUGCCACCACACGCGCUAUGCGAGAAAACCUUAACCUAUACGGCAGCUGAUGCCAACGAAGUCAUUUUUGCGCUCACCCGCUUCUUCUCGGGUCUUCAGUUCGACACGCAGGCUACCACGGAGGGAAAAACAGAGGAUCGGUCGAACACCAGUCACGUGCGGAAAGCUUUGGUAGACCGAAUCAUUGUCAUCGACCCUCUCGGGGGUAUUCCGGCAAGCAGGCGCGGAGAUGGCGCACGGGUAUUUGUGAACCUGGAAGAAGAGUUUGACAAACUUCGAACCGCUCUUGCUCCUGAGAAUCAACCUAGCCAACCGACAAGUAUAGCGGACUUGCCUGUUGACCCGAGAGCCAAGCACGUGGCAAACCUAGAGCUUGUUAAGAAGACGCUGGCGAUACUCCCCUCCACGGCCUCAGCGGUUAUUACCAGCCCAGCCGAGGCGGCGAACCGGCGAGCGGCACCACCUAAACAGGAGGCUGAGGCCUCGGUCGGGCAGUUUGCGGGGGAGGUAAAGACCAGAAGGUGGCAGAACCCGCUCAUUCACAAUCUCAUCACCGACAGACCCAUCUACUCGGCCUCCCUGCCCAUCGGCAGGGUCAAACCCGUCGGCCGAAGCGCCGAGAUCACGUUGACCCGCAUGCCCACAACUACCCUCGUCAAGAAGGGCCUCCCAGUUACCAUCUUCCCCGAUCCGCGCUCUGGGCCGUGGACGCCGCCGAAGCCGGGUGCUCCACGGCUCCGACUCACCGACACGUGCGUCAGCCUCCCGCGGCUCGUCCACCUCAUCAACGACUCGUUCGGCCGCAAGCUCGACAUCGAGCACUACUUGCGCCGCGUCCAAGACAGCCUGGCCGGCAUAAUCAUCGCAGGCGAGUACGAGGGCGGUGCAAUCCUGACGUGGGAACGGCCCUUUGGCAUGGACGAGGAGACGGCCUACCGCACGGGCCGGCUGGUGCCGUACCUGGACAAGUUCGCCGUGCUCAAGAAGAGCCAGGGCGCCGGCGGCGUGGCCGAUAUCGUCUUCAACGCCAUGGUGCACGACUGCUUCCCUCACGGCGUGUGUUGGCGGAGCAGGAAGGACAACCCGGUCAACAAGUGGUACUUUGAGCGCUCCUGUGGCGUGAGGAAGCUGCCCGAGAGUAACUGGGCCAUGUUCUGGACUACGCCAGAGGCGGCCACGAGCGAGCAGUUGUUGAGGGACUAUGAAGAUGUGUGUCGGAACAUUGUACCGUCCUGGGACGAUACGAAACCGGCGGAUUGAUAAAGAACGAGGCACGUGGGAUAUCUACGAGACCUAUUCGAGGCGCAACACUUCCAUGUCAAAUCUACUCUGUAAGAGGAGCAGCUUUUCAGGGACUUCAGAAAUGCUGUUCAUCUCGAUAUGCUGAUUCUCUUGUUCGCGCCCUCUUUGGAACGGUGACUAGUUGCAGUUCACUCAACCGUUGAACUCCCGAAGUUUGAAUUGUGAUAUUCCGCUCUGGCAGACGUUAAAGAGGGCAU